ACCAACGUAAUAUAUUCGUAAAUGAAUAAAUUAAAAAAAAGUUUGUAAAUAGACACUUCUGAGAUUGUACAUUUUAUCUGAUAAAACUUAAGAAAUAAGAAAACAUGUAGAACAUAUUUAUUUAAAGAUGAAUCAUAAGAGAGUAUUACGUAAAUGCGUGCAAUAUAGUAGUCUGAUUAUCUCUAAAUCUAACCUAUUACACUUUGUAAAAUUUUCAAGUAGAAACAUGUCUACGGAUAAUAAAAUUCUAGAAGAAUCUAAAUCUAUUUUAAAAGACAUGUAUUUUGCUGGUGUUAAAGCAGUUUCGCCAAAAGCUCUUGUAAUAAAUAAAGUUAAAUGCAAAGAUGGGAUAUUACAAGUUUCUGAUCAAAGUUUUCCAUUAAAAGAGAAUGUUUAUUUGGUUGGCUUUGGUAAAGCUGUGAUGGGUAUGUCGAUAGUUUUGGAGUACAUACUUGGUGAUCGUUUGAAAAAAGGUAUAGUCAGUGUGCCUUCUGCAUCGACAGAUGCAAUGUGGGAGUCCGAAGACAAAUCUUAUUUUCCCAAAUUAGCAUCUAGCGUGGUCGAAUAUCGUGAAGGUAGUGUAAAUAAUCAACCAGAUGACAGAUGUCUCAACACAACACACGAUAUUAUAGAUUUGGUAGAAUCAUUGACAGAAAAUGAUAGUUUAAUCGUACUAAUUUCGGGUGGAGGAUCCGCAUUACUGUAUAUGCCAAGACCAAUAAUUGAUCAGGAAGACAAAUUGCUUCUUUGUAAAACACUUCAAAAUGCAGGUGCUGAUAUCAAAGAAUUGAACACAGUAAGAAUGAAGUUAUCUAUGGUAAAAGGUGGUGGUUUGGCUAGAAUGGCUUAUCCAGCCUCUAUUAUCACUUUAAUUUUAUCCGAUAUAGUGGGUGAUCCUAUAGAUUUAAUUGCUAGUGGCCCAACAGUAUAUAAUAGUAAAGCACCUAGGCAAGUAAGAGCUGUGUUAAAAAAAUAUGAUUUAUUUGAUAAAUUAGAAGGAGACGUAAAGAAAGCUAUUACAUCUAAAGAAACUUUUAAAGAUAAGCCUCUAUUGACUGGAAGAAGAAAACAAAAAGCAUUUAAACAUGUAAAUAAUAUUAUUCUGGGAAAUAAUGAAGUGGCUGUCCAAGCAGCUGCUCUCGAGGCACAGCGCAAACAGUUAACUCCAAUAAUAUUACGAACAGAUGUUACAGGCAAUGUACACGAUGUGAGUUUAGCAUACGCUCAUAUAACAAGUUUAAUAUGUCUUGUAUUAGAUAAAACAUUGGAGAGAGAAGAAUUCUUUGAAAAAGUAAAAGAUACUCCAGUACUUUCAUUACCUACUACUAAAGUGGAUGAAAUUUAUAAUUUGAUUGAAAAUGUGAGUGGCGAAGGAAUAGUAUUGAUUGGUGGAGGAGAACCAACAGUAAUAGUUAAAGGAGAAGGAAAGGGUGGUAGAAAUCAAGAACUAGCUUUACAUUUUUCCUUAGACUGGUUAGCAAAGAUUAAGAGUAAUCCCCGAUUUGCUGAGUAUGAUGUAAUAAUGUUAAGUGCAGGCACAGAUGGUCAAGAUGGUCCAACUGAUGCAGCAGGAGCAUUCGGUUAUCCUGCUAUUGGACCAAUAAUUCAUGAUGUGUAUGCAAAAGCAAAAUUCUUAGCUUCAGAAGGAAUAGUUCAGCUAGAGAUGAAGAAAGAAGCUAUAAAAAAAAAAGAAGAAGAACGACAACAAUUAGAACAACAACAGCCUCAGGAAAUAUGUAAAAAACACGAACUGAGUGGCUUUGUGAUACUAAAAAAGGAGGAUACACAAAACAAAGUAAAAGAUGAUAAAGUAACAGAAAAAGAAGGUGCUUCUGAUCCAGAAAAUGCAGAUGAUUUGGAAGAAGUACUUCCGCUGAUAUAUCUAACAAUGGAAGUGGAGCGUAUGUUGCCUGAAAAUGCUUUAAACGAUAACGAUACAUAUAAUUUAUAUUCGCGAUUUAAAAAGGGUUCAGAAUUACUGAAAACUGGCUUCACUGGCACUAAUGUUAUGGAUUUACACUUUAUUUACAUCAAAAAACGAAAGUGUGACUGUAAAAUAGAUUUUAUCGAAAAAGAGGUGUCUGAAAAUGCUUUAGACAAUCAUGAUUUGUAUAUUGAUCCUUCAACUAUUGAAAGAUACAGAAGAAUGCGUACAAAGAUACCUUUUGACUGGGAUCAUUACUUACGUAGACCAACGCAUAUUGUUAAAGAUGAGGCUGAUCAUGUCAAUAUAAAAAUUAUUGAUGAUAAUUUGGCAGAACCAUGUUGCCGCAAAGAUAGAAAAUUUCCACUUAAAAAUCAUUUAAAAGACAAAGAUCUACCACUAUGAUGUAUUUUAUUAAAAAAAAUAUCAAUAUUAUAUUGGUCAAAUCAAUUUAGUAUAAAUCGAAAAUUUUAUAUGUUCAAAAAUAUAUGUAUAAAUCACAAUGUAAUUAUAUAUUGAAUAAAUAGUAUAUUCAUUCAAAUUAUCAUCAAACUUUAAAAAAUAUAAAAUGCAGUAAUUGUCACAUUGAUUAUUUAAAUAUGUAAGAUUCAUAAUUCGCUUAACUUUUUGUAGAUAGAAGAGCAACAUAUAAAAUACAUGCAACCAUAUAUAUAUAUAUAUAUAUAUAUAUACAAUACGCAUUCCGUUACAAUGAAUUAAUUUAGUUACAAAUUUUGUGAUUAUAAUUUUGACAUUCAUUUAUGACUAAUAGUUAAACUUAAAUAAUUUACAGAUAAUACAUAAAAGUGUAAAAGUGUCACGCUAUUGUAUUUUUAUAUGCAUGCGUACAGAUUCACACACGCACGCGCAUACGCAAUGUACAAUUUAAUAUUUUUGUUUACCGGUGCAUGUAAUAUGUGAGAAAUUUCUAAUAUAAAUAUUAUCACUA